UGCGCCGGCGCGGGGCGCCCGCUGGGCGCGAGGAACUAAGGGAGGGCGCGAGGCGCGCGGGCCCGGGAGCGCGCGCGACGCCGGCAACCUCGCUCGGCCCCAGGUCACCGCCCGUGUCGCCGGCUGAGGCGGCCGCUGGGGCCGGCGUCGAGGGCGUGGUGGCUCCGGGCGGUGGGGGUCUGUCCACCCCAGGCCGCGCUCGUUGCCCCUCGGGCCUCUCCCCUCGAGCGCACAGCGGUACCUGGCAGGCAUCCUAGAACUCUACCCACAGAGAAGAUGCUCCGAGACAGCCUCAAGUCUUGGAAUGACAGCCAGUCGGACCUCUGCAGCAGCGACCAGGAGGAGGAAGAGGAGAUGGUCUUCGGGGAAAAUGAGGACGAUUCGGAGGAGAUGAUGGACCUAAGCGACCUGCCCACCUCGCUCUUUGCCUGCAGUGUUCACGAAGCGGUGUUUGAGGUCCCAGAGCAGAAGGAGAGGUUCGAGGCCCUGUUCACCCUCUAUGAUGACCAGGUCACGUUCCAGUUGUUCAAGAGCUUUCGCAGAGUGAAGAUCAACUUCAGCAAGCCCGAGGCUGCGGCGAGAGCGCGGAUCGAGCUGCAUGAGAGCGAGUUCCACGGCCGGAAGCUGAAGCUGUACUUCGCACAGGUGCAGGUGUCCGGGGAGGCCCGGGACAAGGCCUACUUACUGCCACCACAGCCCACCAAGCAGUUCCUCAUCUCCCCUCCCGCCUCGCCCCCUGUGGGCUGGAAGCAGAGUGAAGACGCCGUGCCCGUGAUCAACUAUGACCUGCUCUGUGCCGUGUCCAAGCUGGGGCCAGGGGAGAAAUACGAACUGCACGCAGGAACCGAGUCCACCCCCAGUGUGGUGGUGCACGUCUGUGAGAGCGAAACUGAAGAGGAAGAAGACACAAAAAAUCCGAAACAGAAAAUCACGCAGACGCGACGCCCGGAAGCUCCCACGGCAGCACUGAGUGAGCGGCUGGACUGUGCGCUGUGAGCUGCUGCCACCUGCGCCUCCCACUACUGCAGCUGCGCCUGCCUAGGAGCGCAGCCCAGGGAUGCUGUGGCAUCCAGCCGGCUGUUGGGCCAGCCUCCCCAGGCCGGAACGUGGGGUGAAGUAGCAGAUUCGGCCAGCUGUUUGAAAUUUCCAACAGUAUUCUAAAUGGCACUUUAAGUGACAGGGUUAGCCCUGAGCUUGUGACACCUGUCUCCUCCACCAGAAAUAUUAGUUCCCUUGAACCUGUAGAGCAUUGGGUACCACAGGCCAGAACUAGAGUCACCUGGGCGCUACCAUUUAAAGAUUUAAAAAUUAGUCUUAUGAUUUCAGUACUUUGGUGUGGGUAUUUUUUUACAGGUAUGGCAGUGUCUGACAAAUGUAUUGAGCAAAGGCUGAAUGUUAUUAUUCAGUAGACGUGACUUUUUUUUUUUUUUUUUUUUGCACGAGAAGAAACCGAGAUACAAAAUCA